UCGGAAGCAUCGUCACUCUUUAACACGAGAGAAACGGUCUAUGUAGAAAUUUCCAACAAAGAAGCAGAGAAAGAGAAGAGAUAACGUAAGCAGCAACGCGAUAAAAGAGUUUAUAGAAUUUUUAAGGGGGAAGGUUUUAAUCAACAACACCCCCUAAAGAACCUAAAAAAGAUUAAUCCAUAUCCAUCCCCUAUUUUCUAAUUUUCCUAAAGUUUGCUUUUUAACGUAGAGACACACAGACAAUAUUAUUCCUUUAAUUAUUCGAAAUAUCUUGUCAAUAAUCCUUACGUGCACGCACAAGAAGAUAUUGUGAAUGAAAACACGCUAAGGAAGAAGGAUCGUAAAGUUCCCGCCAAGGAACAACAAGGAACGAACCAAGAGGAAGGCGCAAGGACCAAACCAAGAGAGGGAGAUAGAUUUGCCCUCGCGGGACAAUCGAAGGGACGAUCUUCGCGAUCGUCGGAUCCACCACCAUCCUUAACUUGAAAAAGUUAAAUUGUUUUCUUCUGAUCGGUACUCUACUGACAAAAAAAAUGGAGCACAAAGUUGUCAUAGUCAUCGUUACUCUCGUCAUCACAAUCAUGUGGUACUCUACGGAAAGUGACAGCGCGGUAGUUAGAUCGUCCCAAGAAUUUUCCGAAGCAUUGGAGGAAAUGCUACGAAGUACGGUAAUUAACAAGGUCAGAGAUUUACGCUCGACUGAUCUUGAAGAACGAAACGGGACACGACAUAUUUGUCAAGGCAACCCUUGCGGAUGGGCGAUCUAUACCAAGUUCACACGCCGUUUCGAAUAUUUCAUGAGAAAUACAUGCGAGUGUCCAGAUUAUUCGUACAAGUGCGUACAUACGGAGGACGAUUUAUCCGUAAGUGCAUACGUAUAUCGAUGUCGUCAAAAUACGACGUCGAACGAUACCGAGGCACCGCCAGAAGACACGAAUUAAAAAAACAAUAUCAUACGCACAUACAUUUAGAAAGUUAAACGAUGAUUAUCCCACCGUCGAGAAAACUCGUCUUUUCAUCGAGCGUUUUUGCAUUCAUUUUACACGAAACAUUAGAAACGAUUUAAUAACGUGGACGAAGAGAGCGUAGGGUCAAAAGAAACUAACAAAUCUGUCAUUUGUCUUCCAUUUGUCAUCUUUGACAAUCUUUACUCGAAAUUUGUACCAUUUCAUUGGAAUGAAACUUUGAACCACGUAACCACGUCGACGCCGCCAACGACGACGCCAACGACGACGCCAUGUUGUGUGGCAUCGAUUUUCAUGAUUAAAAUAUAGAGAGAUCAUCGAUCGAAUAGACAGUGUAUCGUUUCUUUUAAAUACAUACAUAGGUAGAUAGGACCUUUAAGGACCUUUUUUAGAUCUUCCUACCUUAGUUGCUUUUCACCACGUCCCAUUUCUAUGUAUGUUUAUCGUUGAAGUCUAUAGAAUUCAUUAAAUUCAUGAAAAACUUGAUAUGUUUCAGAAAAAUAUAUCU